AUGGAACGCAUCGGUGAUUUUGUCGUGCUGUCAUAUCACGACGUCCGUGACGCUGCCUCGCUGCAUGAACAAUUUAAAAAGCGCUCCAUCAGUGCCGCCGUUAUUGACUCCGCGUACAUCAUGUCACGGCUCCACCUGGUCGUGGCGCUGCAUCGCAUUAGUUCUGCGCCGCUCAUUAUUGGUCACGACGACUGUCAGCCAAAAAUGACACGCAAGUCGACGGCCCGGACGGCUCGUGAUGUCUUUGCUGCGCUCUCCCAUACACGAAACCUUUACCGCGUGCUGGAGCACCUCACCUGCUCCGAGACGACCAGGGCGGUUGUGAUUGUCCUAAGCGCCCCGACGGAGGAGGAUGUUGCGGCUGUUCUAGACAUUGUUCAAGGAGUACGGCAUGGGCUUUUGUCACUGGAGACGUACCGCGACGAAGCGGCUGUGCGAGAGUUUUAUGGCGUUGGCGAGAGCGAAGCGGCGGCACUUGAAGUGACGAUUGUAAACCGCCUAGCCACAAGCGACAUUUGA